AUGGGCUGCAUGAACUCGAAGGACAUCAGUCCGGAGAUGAAGGAGCAGGGGAAGCACAGCGCCGCCAUAGACAAGGUCAUCCGGGCAGACAAGAAGAAGUACGACAGGACGGUCAAGAUACUGCUGCUCGGCGCUGGAGAGUCCGGCAAGUCGACCAUCAUCAAGCAGAUGCGCAUCAUUCACUCCGGCGGAUUCCCUAUAGACGAGCGCCGGCAGACUCGGGCGGUCAUCUACUCCAACAUGAUUGUCGCCUUCAAGCUGCUCAUCGAGAUCAUGGAAGCGGAGAACAUAAGCUUCGAGCAUGAAGCUACGGAGCCCCUCGCCCACUUCAUCCAGAGCAGCGAAGCGGACGUCGAGUGCGAUGAAGCUUUCACCGAUAUCAAAGUGCGGGAGGCUGUCAAGACGAUGUGGGAGGACGCCGGCGUCCAGAAGGCAGUCGCCCGGGGCCACGAGUUCGCCCUCCAUGAUAACCUCCACUACUACUUCAACUCGCUGGACCGGAUAUUCACGCCUGGCUGGCUGCCAAACAACCAAGACAUGCUACAUUCUCGACUACGGACUACCGGAAUCACCGAGACCCUCUUUGAGCUCGGCCAGAUUAACUUCCGCAUGAUGGAUGUUGGCGGCCAGCGAUCGGAGCGUAAGAAAUGGAUCCAUUGCUUCGAAGGCGUACAGUGUCUGCUGUUUAUGGUAGCCCUAUCCGGCUACGACCAGUGUCUAGUGGAGGACCAGACUGCUAACCAAAUGCAUGAAGCUAUGAUGCUCUUCGAAUCUCUCGUAAACGGUGAAUGGUUCAAACGCAAGCCUGUCAUCCUCUUCCUCAACAAGAUAGAUCUCUUCAAGGAGAAACUCGCCAUAUCGCCCGUGUCCAAGCAUUUCCCAGAUUACAGCGGGCGAGAUGGUGACUUCGAGGCCUCUGCAAAGUACUUCGCCGACAGGUUCAGGGGCAUCACUCGUGUUCCCGAACGAGAGAUAUACACCCACUACACUAACGCAACUGAUACCACCCUCUUAAAGGCAACUAUGGACUCGGUGCAGGACAUGAUUAUACAAAAGAACUUGAACAACCUGAUCUUAUGA